AUGCUCGCCGCCACGAGAUGCUUGCGGGCUCUGCGCCGCAUGCUCAGUCAAACCACCCUCAAUAACGGGCUCACCGUGUGUUCAGAAACGAUGCCCGGUACUCGUACCGCCACCGUGGGCGUAUGGAUCAAUGCCGGUUCUCGCGCCGAUACCAACGCCAACCUGGGUACUGCCCACUUCCUCGAGCACUUAGCGUUUAAGGGGACUAACAGACGCAACCAGCACCAGCUUGAGCUUGAAAUCGAGAACUUGGGGUCGCAAAUCAACGCCUACACUCUGAGAGAAAACACUGUGUACUACACCAAGUGUCUCGCUCAGGAUAUCGACCAAAACGUCGACAUUUUGCUGGACUUGUUGACCAAACUGAAGCUUGACCCGCGGGCGAUUGAAAACGAGCGGAACGUCAUCCUCCAGGAGCUGGACGAGAUCGAUAAGAUGUACGACGAAGUGGUGUUUGACCUUUUACACGCCGUGUGCUACCCUAACCAAGACUUGGGCCGUACCAUUUUAGGUCCUAGAGAGAAGAUUAGAACCAUCAACCGUAAGGAUCUUGUUGACUACAUUCUGACUAACUACAAGGGGGAACGGAUGGCGCUUAUCGGUGUGGGUGACGUCGACCACGACGCCCUUGUGAAGAUGGGAGAAAAGUACUUUGCCAACAUUACCCCUCUGGCUCCGGGCCAAGGGCUUGACCACGGUGACGUGCCGGUAUUCUGUGGUGGCGAAGACAGAGUGCAAGAUGACCUGAUGCCCACCACUCACGUGGCUCUCGCCGUUGAGGGGGCGCUGUGGAGUGGACCCGACUUCUUCUGUGCCCUGGUGGCUAACGGUAUCAUCGGUACCUGGGACCGUAGUGUCGGUAUUGGUGCCCACUCGCCCAGUCCGUUGGCGAAGAUGGCUGCCACUGGUGGCCCCGGCGGUACUCCCAUCGCCAACAGUUACAUGGCUUACACUACCUCUUACGCCGACACUGGUCUCCAAGGGGUAUACUUUACCACCGACCUGGGCACUGACCUUCGUCUUUUGACCGAAGCUGUCCUCAAAGAGUGGAAGCGGUUGCGCGAAGGUAAUAUCACUGACGAGGAAGUGGAACGCUCCAAGGCUCAGCUUAAGGCGGCGCUUGUCCUCGGCUUGGAUGACCUGACGGCGAUUGCCGAAGAUAUUGGUCGCCAGCUCGUCAACACUGGCUACCGUCUUCUGCCGGAAGAAACGUUCGAACGGGUGGAAAAGAUCACCAAGAAGGACGUCCAGGACUGGGCCAACUGGCGGUUGAAGGGGGUCCCCGUAGCCAUGGCGGCGGUGGGCAAUCUCAAGACGCUCCCCCACGUCGCCGAAAUCGAAGCAGCUUUACGUUAA